GGUUAUCCUUGUUUUUAGUUAUUAUUUCACUAUGUGUUUAAUUUAUAGGCAGGUUUAGCGCACUAGCAUUAAAGGCUGAAUUAGUGGUUUUUUAGGUUAAUUCUUGAAUAAAUAACAUCAGCAAGUUCCAGCAGAUGUUGAAGAUAUGGAGAACGACGAUGACAUGAUAGUUGUUAUAGUCGGAGAUGAAGAUGAAUAUGCAAACACAUCUUUUAUAAAGAAAGAAGUGGAAGACGAGGAUCCUAAAUAUGUUAUAGAAGAUUUAAUAGGGGCUGCGCAAACUUUCGGUGAAGAGGUAUCUCUAGAGGACAUUUUAAUAAAAGAAGAACCACAUGAUUAUGAAUAUUUAGAUGAAAAUAAUAUAAAGACUGAAGUAGACUUUGAAUGUGACAAUGAUAGGGACUUUAAUCCAGAAAAUGAUGGACACAAUUUCCCUGAUGAUGAUACCGACUACGUCCCAGAGGAUGAUGAAGAGGAUGCAGUUGAUGAAGUCAGUGAUAUAGAACCUAAAAAGAAGAGAAGAUAUACAAUGAUAAAGCCGUGGCAGCAGAAAUCUUUUGUGAAUGAACUUAGACAACAGUAUCCUGAGUUAGUUAAUAAAAAGAAGUUAAUAAAAACUUUAGCAGGGAUAAUGAAGACAGUCAAACCUCCUCCUCCACCUUUGGACUAUUAUAUUUUAAAUGGUAUAAUGUUAGAAUGUCUGUAUUGCCAUCGGUUGUCGGAGACAAUCCCGGCGGCCGCUCGCCACUACCAGGAGAAGCAUGGUCCUCGCUACCUCAUCUGCUAUGCUUGUGGUGCUGACUUUAGAAGUACAACGAACUUGUACAAGCAUGAGAAGCGCUGCAACGCGGGCGACGCGGGCGCAGUGCUGCAGGCUCGCGCGCUCUGCCUCGGCCGCUGCGGCGCGCCGCCCCCGCUCCGCGCGCCGCCGCCGCCGCCACACAAUGUGGGCAGGUACUCGUGCGAGCAGUGCUCGGCGCAGUUCGCGACGCGCAGCACGCUGCAGUCGCACCAGUACAUGCACCUCGGCCUGCGCCCCUUCCGCUGCCGCGUCUGCCCCGCGCAGUACACCUCGCGCUCCGCACUCUCCCGGCACGUGCAGAAGCACAGCGGCGCGCGCUGGCGCUGCGGGCACUGCGCCUGCCACCUCUGCCCCAAGAGGUUUCGCAGAAAGUCCGUCCUCAAGGAGCAUAUGAAGAAAGUACACGGAAUGGAUUUAAUAACAAGAAAGAUGUUCUUCAAAACCCUACCAAAGCUAACAGAGACGCAGCUGAGGCACGCCAAAGUUGUACUUAAGAGCGAGGAGGCGCUGCUGCGUGACGUCACACCGCUCGCGUGACGUCACACCGCUAAAGUAUACACCAUCUCAAAUAUGUUGCCGGCUCGGGGACAGGUGUAGUUUAUGAAAUGCUAUAGGUUUUGCCCGGUUUUGUAAAUAUCGACGAAAAUACUGAUCUGCAAAUGGAUAGGUAUUUGGAAGUGUUUGUAAGACAAUAAAUUAUUUUAUGUUACAUUUUUUAUUAAAUUAUUACAAUGCAA